CUGUCACCGGGAUCUGCUGACCGGGACGGAGCUGGUCUCUGCGUCUCUUCCUGGGGACGGAUAAAGAUGAGAGCCCUCGCGCUCCGACUCGUGAGUUCUGGAGGAUUUGUGAAGGGAACAGUCACAGUUUACACCGAGGAAAUGUCCACAACUGCAAGUCCGACCACCUCCUCCUUCCAGCUGACGUCCGAUCAACUCACAGUGGUCGCUGCAUCCUUUUCCUCCCUUGUGUUCUUUGUGAUCAUUGUGGCGAUGCUGUCCAUUAUUUACCGUAAGGACCCUCACUGCUGUAAACUCUGCUCCUACCGGGGGCCACAUGCAGACAUGGACGCUCCUCCUCAGUACUACAGCAGCAGGCAGAUGCUGGUGGGGUCUGCUUGCCUGGAGCCCACUCAGAUCACUGAUGACAGUGACACUCAGGCAGAUCAGCUGUUCUACGUUGGCGUUCCCUCCAGCUACAGCCUCCCCACGCUCGAAGCCCCCCUGCCGAGGCUCCCUUCCUAUGAGAGCGUCCGAAAAAAGGACCGCCAGAGGCAGAUCCACAUGAUGAUUGCAGACCGCUUUGGCCUGAAUGGACCCAUUGUGACUGAGCCUCCUCCGACAUAUGAAGAGAGCAUCCGUCAGUCCGUGGAGCUGCCCUACAACAUCCUUCUGGAUAUGCCCUCUCCUCAGAGUUUCUACGCCACCGCAGAGCCCAUCAUCAGCCCUGACCCGUCCAAUCCAGCCAGUCCAGCCAACCCUGACAGCGACAAUGCUAUACUUCCUGUGUGACGCCGAUCAACUGUUCCAGCUGAUUCAAUGAAUGUGAAGGAAACACUACAACACGUUCCAUGCAGAUGAACUCUACAACUCAAUCACGCCUGGAUCCUUCCGACUUGUGUACAAGCUGACUCAGAUACCUCAAGAGUGAUUUUCUUUUCUUUUCUUAAGAGGAAGGCGGCUAAUGUUGAUCAUGAGCUGAGGAAGAACCAAAAAGAAGCUGCACCUCUUCAUGGGAAGGAAAUGUUUGUUAAAAAUUCUGUGCAGCAUUUGCUAUCCGGUUAAUAAAAGAUAUCACUGGAUGGUGAUGAAGAACAGUGGACGGGACUCCUUUAAACGGGGCAUGGUUGGAGACGUUUGUGGACCAUAGCACUGAUACAUACCAAAAAUGGAACCAUAGCUCGCUGUGUUACUUACAAUCAAUUGAAUUUUGUUGAAUUCAUGAACAUUAAUUGUUCCUCUUGUCUUCUCCUUGGCUGUGUCUGAGCCUCAGACCUCACUCUCUGGGUUUAAACAUGUUUGUUUGCAGUUUAAGGCAGGUCUUUUCCACUCUGCUGAGAUGGUGAUGCGCUGCUCCAACAUGAGGUCCAGGCUAUAAGAUGUCGAACUAAGAAGGUGCUAAGGGGAGUCAAUCAUUUUUAAUAUUCAUUCACAGCAGAUUGAGCUCCCAAACUUUUUUUAACUACACAUUUUAUAUCCUUUUGAGAAAAAAUUCAUUUCUUUUAAUUUACAAUGUACUUAUGCCAUAUUUUUUUACCCUGUGUGUUGUU